AUUCCCAAUUUGGUUUUUAAAUUGACAUAGUACAUAUUAGCAUGAAUAGUCUAUUAAAGUCUUCAUCUUUGACGUCUGUAAGGAGAACCAAUCAACUUGCAACUUCUUUAUUACGUACAUCCCUCAAGGUAUCACCUAUUAUUUCUCAACGAGUCGCGUUCUAUGGUGGUUAUGGAUACAACAAUGAUUAUGAAUAUGGAAGUAGUCCUGUAGGUUCUGGAUCAAGUUGGGGUAACGAACGGAAAUCACUGCCACGCAAUACUAUUAUCAAAUUUGUCCCUCAACAAGAAGCUUGGAUAGUAGAACGUAUGGGUCGAUUCCAUCGUAUGUUGGAUCCUGGUUUGAAUAUUCUUGUGCCUGUCAUUGACCGUAUCAAAUAUGUUAAGAGUCUCAAGGAAACCGCCAUUGAAGUACCAAGUCAAAGUGCCAUUACUCAAGACAACGUUACAUUAGAAUUGGAUGGUGUGUUAUAUUUCAGAAUUGUGGAUCCCUUCAAAGCUUCUUAUGGUGUGGAAGAUGCGGAAUUUGCUAUUACUCAAUUGGCUCAAACUACCAUGCGUGCAGAAAUUGGACAAAUGACUUUGGACAAGACUCUUGCUGAGCGUGCUCAUUUGAAUUCAAAUAUCGUACUUGCCAUCAACUCUGCUGCUGAAGAUUGGGGUAUCAGGUGUUUACGUUAUGAAAUCCGUGAUAUUCAUCCUCCUAGUAAGGUUGUGGAAUCUAUGCAUCAACAAGUAUCAGCAGAACGAACAAAACGAGCUCAAAUUCUAGAAUCUGAAGGUGCUAGACAAGCAGCGAUCAAUGUUGCCGAAGGACGAAAACAAGCAACAAUUUUGGGAUCUGAAGCUGAAAAAGCAGAACAAGUGAAUUUGGCAUCUGGUGAAGCGGAAGCUAUCUUACUACGAGCACAAGCAACGGCAAGGGGUAUUGAAAAUAUCUCCAAGGCAAUUGCUCUUCAACAUGGUCAUGAUGCUGUGUCUAUGGCUGUGGCUGAAAAGUAUGUGGAGGCAUUUGGAAGAAUGGCUAAGGAAGGAACUACUUUGAUUGUACCUGCUGCAGCCAAUGAUGCGGCCUCCAUGGUAUCUCAGGCACUGACUAUUUACAACUCGAUCAAUAAACGACAGCCCUCCAAUACACCCACUUCUCCUAGCGAUAGUAACGAUGCUCAUUCAAUGAAGGAACAGAUCACUAAAGACUUGGUGAAUGCUGCAGAACGUGAAUCUUCUUUCCAAGAACCAAAGGAUAACAAUAAUAAUUAGUUUAGUGAUAGUAGUGUAUGAUAGUGGAAUCGUUUUUUUUUUUUAUUAGUUGACAUGAAAUUCAAUAAAAAGCAAUGCAU